GCCAGUUGUAUCUCUGGAUCACGGAGAUCGGAAAGAGGCACCGGGUCAAAUAUCACCUUAUUUGGCAGGAGAGACAUCAGCUUUUCUUCUAUCAGGAGACAAAGCGGGUGCUGAGCAAGAUCGAACUUGUGUUGCUGCAGGGGAUCAGCAACAAAAAGACCUAGGCCUAGCUUGCUCACAUAAAGAAGUAGUCGCUGCUCUUCGACAACAAGAGAAGCAUGAUUCCUCUUGUGCCUGGAAAAAACUACUGAAUACCACAACUACAACUAGUGGACAAGUAGGUCAUCGGCAUGAGUUAGAUUCUCU